AAUGCGGUGGUUCGGGUUCGGCUUUAACGCAUUCGGACAAAUAUGUGUCCGUGAAACACCGAUGAAAGAAGAAGAGAGUGACGUCACUCAGGAAGUCAAAGUGCUUCGACCCACGGAGCUCAGGACGAGCCGAGUCUCAGCCUGCUGGAGCCGAACGGCUUCUGCGGAUCCGGACGGGGACGGCGGCGUGCGCCUGGCGGGCUUCGGCGUCGGCGUCUCCAGGGCCUGCGGUGUUUACGGGCAGCAGAGUCGCGGAUGUAAAGAUGCUCAGAUCAGCGAGUCGCACUUGACUCUGGCUUUUUCAGAUCGCGUUGAGUGCUGGGAUCUGCAGCAGGAAGCGAAGACUGCGUCAUGGAGCAUGGAAUUAAAAGACUCCGACAUUUCUGGACCCCCUGUGAAGCUCCCUCUGGUUCCGGGGGGUUACAUCACCCCCAGCCCCCCCUUUUACCACUCCUUAUCUCCACACCUAGAAGCGAAGAGUCUGGCACUGGGUGCAGAGCACGCCAUCCUUGUCACGGCCUCUGGGGCUGUGUACACCUGGGGGUUGGGCAGUCACGGUCAGCUGGGGCACGGGGUCCUUAUCUCUGAGGAAGAACCCAGGGUGGUGGAGGCACUCUGGGGGAUGCCCAUGAGCCGCGUGGCUACAGGAGGAUGGCAUUCUGCCUGCAUUAGCGAUGGAGGUGACCUUUAUGUGUGGGGCUGGAAUGAAAGUGGCCAGCUUGGACUACCAUCUAGAGGUCUGAGUAAAGCAAAGCAGCAGCAAAUCAGCCAGCAAGCAGAAGAACCACAAGACGAACAGAAACAUGAAGACGUCUUCAUAUCGAUCCAGGCAUUCCCAGCCCUUCUGGAUGUCACUCCAUCAUGUGAAAUCACAGCAGUCAGCUGUGGCUCCCGUCACACAGCUGCAGUAACAAGUGCAGGCGAUCUUUACACUUGGGGCUGGGGUGAAUAUGGUCAACUGGGACACCAGAAUGUAAUGAGCUCAGAUGAGCCCCAGCGUGUGGAGUUCUUCAGGGAGCAGCAGCAGCGUGUCACUGACAUAGUGUGUGGGGCCUGGAACACUUUUGCUGCAGUCAUCAAGAAGGAUGUAGCAUGUGCUUAAAAAGAAUCUCCUCAUAAACACGGACAGUGGACUUUGUACAAUAUGCCUGGAAGUGUAAAUGAUCAAAUAUGAAAUGGCUGAAUAUAUUUUGUUACAAUCAUAA